AUGACCACCAACCAGCUCGAGGCAGCGGAAGAGCACGCGAUCACGCGAUCGCGUCUAGCCAGUCCCGAGUCGCCCUUCCAGUUCCAGGAGUACAUCGCCCAUCUCGUCCGGGCCGACCCCCAUGCGGUCCACAGGAUCAUCAGCCUCCCCAGCCCUCUCGUCCCGCCCGAAGUCUGGAUCUACGAGCAGCUCCGCAGACUCGCUCUCGACUUGAGCCAUCCCCUCGUCUCCGCCCUCCAGGCCGAAUGCAACCGCGAUACUUGUCCAGAAAUGAAGGCUGGCGAAUGGCUCUAUCUCUGUGCGGCUCAUACGGCCGCCAACGAGAACGAAUGCUGUGCGAUCGAUUACGUCAUACACACCUUGGACGGGGCCACAGCGCUCCUUAACUCGGGCCGCUACUUCCCCAGUCGAUUACAGAUCCCCCCUGGAUCGGUCAAACAUUUCACCUCGAUCGCCAGGAGGUUGUACAGGAUCUUGGCCCAUGCUUGGUUCCAUCAUCGCGAACUAUUCGAGCAAUGUGAAAUGGAGACCAGUCUGUAUGCGAGGUUCAUGGCCUUAUCCGACGAGUUCGACUUGGUUGCUGAAGACCUAUUAGUAAUCCCACGCGUGAUCGAAGAGGAUAAUCAUCACGAUCGUGGCCAUCAACAACAUAAGCAAUACGACGAGCCCGUGGUGAGCGUCGGUGCCCGUCACUACCACCACCAGCCAACGACUUGGGAGGAGCAGGAGAACUCCAAGCUUCAUGAACUGUCCUCUGCUCUCCCUAUCGUCCACCACCUUCUCAGCCCCAUUGAUAACUCCGUCGUACUCGACCCUGCAGUCGAUAAACACAAAGGGGAAAGCUUUCAAUUAGAAGAGAUAUCCACAUGA